AUGAAGUUGUCAAAACGCUCUGCCAUGACCGCAGCCCGUAGGCUUCAGGUCGCUAAUACUGCGUCGAUCGUUCAAUCUCAUCAAAAAGAUGAACAGAUUGAGACUCUGCUGACGACGAAGCUUCAAACCUUGGCCAAAAAAUUAAAAGGUCAGUACUUUGCUAAUGUAUACGGCACAGAGUUAGGUAUUGCCGCGAAAAUCGUGUAUCUUGGGUUAACGACCCUUCGCGGGAAAAGAACUUUGGGCGAAGAGUAUGUCAGUUUGGUGCAUCUUGACAGAAAGGGCCAAAGAGCCACUACUUCUAAACAGCGUCUACUGUUUAUACUAUCCUACACGCUUUUGCCAUAUGUCCUCUCGAGAACUCUCAAACAUUUCCUCAGGAUUUACAACAAAGCCAAAAAUUUGGAUAAGGAAGAGCAAGACGCAAACGAGCAGCUUACUGUCGUACCGUCCAGAUUUUCAUGGCUGAUACAACUUAUUGAAAGUCACGAUUUGCAAGUAAUUCUCAAUGCAAUUACGGACAUCCAUUUGAUUAUCUUCUAUUUCAAGGGAUCCUUUUAUCACAUUUCAAAGCGUAUUUUCGGCCUGCGAUACUACGGUGCACAUGCUAUCGAUGAGUCGGAAGAGAAGUUUAGACAGUCGAGCGAUAAGACUUAUAGAAUUCUGGGCAGUAUCUUGCUUUUGAAAAUAAUCUCAAAGGAUCUGCCGCAGUUUUGGAAUUGGUGUACGAAAUCUUUUUUCGACGCAGAUGAGAAAAAAGACAAAACUGCUCUUGAUCAGCAAUCGCUUGUACUGUCUGGAAUUCCCUCUAAUGAUCAAAUUGAUCACAUACACCUUGAAAAUACUGAAGAAUUAACCUUCAUCAAAGAAAGCUCCCGAAAAUGCGUUUUAUGUUUAGAGUGGAUGACAGAUCCCAGUUGCGGACCAUGUGGGCAUGUCUUUUGUUGGAGUUGCCUUCUGGAUUGGUCUGAAAAAAGGCCCGAGUGUCCUCUAUGUCGACAAACGUGUCGCAUGGAAAGCAUCCUACCGAUAAGAUAA